UAGCUAGUUACGAAACGACUAGGGUACGAAAUUACCAGGUUACGAAACGACCUUGCAAAAUACUCAGACGUAAUAAAUUUUAGGUAAACCUACAAAGUGAAACCGAAAGUAGAAUUUAGUUUUCUGAGAUUGAUCUGUUCAACCCUGUGUGUCAUGAUACCAAAAACAGACUGAACGAAAACUACGUUUUGUCACACUAUUUCUAUGAUUGCAGUCAAUGAUAACAGAGAAAAUAGUGUGUUCCAAUCUUGAAGCCUUUUACAACCUGAUAUACAACUGAAGAUAAAAAAAUGAGUGGGCAAACAGAGAAGAUGGACAACACUACAGAAAAAACAAAUGAUGGACAUUUACAUUAUUCUCUACCAAUCUCAGUGAUAUCUGCUAUUCCAUAUACAUUAAAUGAAGAUUCAUUACCUAGUUCUGAUGAGGAUGGACCUGAUGUUUAUGUGCCACCCUAUAACAUACCAUCAAUGAGUAUCUCUAAUGUAGGAAAAUCUUUUAGCAUAGAAUCUGAGGGUGAGCAGAUAGACCAUAGUGAUCUUAAUGAAGGUCACCAUGAAGAUCAAGGUCAUCAAGAGAACAUUGAGGAUGGUGUGAAGGAAGAAGUUAUAGAUGAUAUUUCAAUAGAUGGAUUUAAUGACGAUAGAAGCAAUGGCGAACACAUGGCUGAUGAGAUCAGUCGUGAAUCACCAGUGUCUAUUUGUGGUUUAAGUCAAGAUAAGGAAACAGAAACAAAAAUUGAUAAUUUUAGAUUUGAAGCAGAUAAACAGGGAAGGGGAAAUAUUAUAAAGCAGACAGAAAUAUAUUCUCACAUGGCAGAGGAAACAGAAAUAAAGGAUAAAGAUCAAAAUAGGGAAGUGAAACAAAUGGAAAUCUCAAAAGAGAAAGAAAACAGUAAAUGGAAAAAGAUGGAUGAUGAUGAAUGUCCAAGUACAUUUACUACAAAGUUAGGACUAGAUGGAACAUGUCAUGGAAAACCUGAUAUGUGUGAGUCAGACAUGAGUGAAGUAACUAAGGCCAUGGUAGAGGAUACUUCACAGGAAGAUAAAUCAGUGGAUAAAAGUGAUGACUAUCAAGUAUCUGGUGAAGGAGAAGUACAGUUACAAACAAAUAAAUACAAUGUUACUAAGAAAUCUGAAAACAACACUCAUGAUAGGGUUAGAGAUGUGGAUAAGUCUCUGAUUGUUGACAAUGAAUUAAAUUUAGAAAGGGGAGAAAAACAGAAUGUUAAAGCUGUUGAUCAGGUUGAAGAUGAAACUGUACAAAAAAAGAUUGAAAGUGGAGAACAUCCAUCAGUACCAAUCAAACCAGUCAAUGCAGUUAAUUAUAAUCCAGGAAGAGUGGGUCAGUGGGGUCAAUUUCAAUACAUGCCGCACAAUUAUCCGUAUUAUAAUAUGGGUGCUCUUCAUCAACCUGGAUUGCCUCAGCAUUAUCCUCCCUAUCCUGUAUCCCCACCGUAUACUGGUUUCCAUGUGUCUCCUAUGUCCCCUCCUCCACAAACUGGUUACCAGCAGCCAGUUAUAAAUGGAAGAAAGGGAGAUAACUUGAUAGCAGAUUUAAGAUCAGACACUUCAGAGUUGCCUGUCUCACCUACUUAUAAGAUUGUAGGAAAUUCUGACAUAGCUGCUCCAGAUAAAGCUUCCAGGUCAGCAGCCACAAAUCACAAUAAACCUUAUCCAGGGUUACUUCCUGACAAAGAACUGGCUGACAAUAAAAUGGUACCUAAUAAAGCAAGCACCCAAGGGAGCAAGAUUGUAAUUACAUUCACAGGGGACAUCUCAGAAUAUACACUGAGGUACUAUUUUGAAAAUACCCGAAAGUCUGGUGGUGGAGAAAUAGAAGAUAUGGAUUUCAGUCCUGAUACUGGAGUAGCAGUUGUAGAAUUCAAAGAAAAUGAAAGUGCAGCCAAUGUUUUGAAAAAGCAAGAUGUUCACAAAGUAUCUGAUGUAAAACUAGAAAUACAUGUGGUUGCACAAGAGGCUGACAUGAGUAGAUUGAUAGAGGAAGAGAAGGUUUUUGUUACUGGUGUGAUGAAUACUACAACGGAGGACUGUUUGAAUGACUACAUAGAAGUAAAGUCAGGUGCUGAACCAACUUACAUUAGUUAUGGAAGGGAGAAAACUUCUGCUCUCAUUACAUUUGAAGACAAAGUUGAUUUUACCAAGCUGAAAACAGGCUGUCUCAUGAAACCACUAGAAGGCAGUACUUUAAUAGUUUCAAGGGUACCAGUUACAAGAACUGUACUGGUAUCUGGUAUUGGUCAUGACUCUGGGAUAACUAAUGAUACAGUGAAAUAUUAUUUUGAGAAUGAGAGACGUAGCAGUGGACAUGAGGAUGCUGAGAUAUUGGAAUAUGAUAGUGAUACUUGUGUAAUAAGAUUUCCAUCUCCAGAAGUGGCUAGAAGGGUAUGUGACAAAACUCAGAAGAUUGGGGAUAGAACUUUGGAGGUUUGCCUAUUUUAUGAAUUUCUUGGAAAGCCAGGAAAAGCACUAGAAAUUCCAGAACCAGAAAUUAUCUCAGCAGAUUUUAACAUUUUGAAGUUCAUUAAAAAUUUACCAAGCAUGAAGGAAGAUUUUGAAAAGAAAUUAGUUGGAUUAUAUGGACACAUUGAAUGGCCAGAAGAUUUGGAGAAUGACGAAGUGAAGAUCGUGUGUGACCUAGAUUUGUCAACAUCUGAAGGACAGAAAGCCGUAGAAUCAUGGCAGACGGACAUCAACAAUUGUACGGAGGAAUUUAUAUCAACAUUGACAACAAUGAGAAUAACAACCUUACCAGAGGCUUGGGGCGAGGUGGUGAAAGGAUUACGAACUUUGAUCAUAGCUGAUCCGGAAAAAGCUUGUGUUAUUUUGGAAAAAGAAAAUAAUGAUAUCUUGAUGGUUGGUGAAAGAAAUAUUAUUAAAGAACUGUAUCUGGAUAUACAAAAAAUUGUGUCCCGUUCAGAGGGGAGAAGUUCACACACAGAAACAACACCAACUAAAGUUCUUUCAUUUAAAAAAUACAAGUUACAGUUACUGUGGCUAUUGAAAUAUUUUGAUGUAGUUCUAAAAAAAUAUCCAGGGUUAGAGGCAAAGUGUAAUCUGGAUGCACGAGAGGUAACUCUAUCUGGGAAGGUGGAAUCUAUGCAAGCUGCUGAAUUAUUUCUGCGUGAAACCGCAAACUCCUUUGCAGUAAAGACUUUCAAGAUGAGCAAACAAAAAAAGGAUCUGCUAUUCAAAAAGGGGGCAAGAGAAGUUUGGUACCAGGAAGCUAAAACUAAGCAGAUAAUAGCUACAUGGAAUAUAGAACGUGGUCAUGUGUGUGAAAUGUACGCUAACUCAAAAAAAGAGGCUGAAAAGGCCAUAAUAUGCAUUCAAGAUCUAUUUUUAGAAGAUGAAUUCGUGGUGGAUGAAAAUUAUGAAGAUUUUAUUCAAUCUUCUCAAUGGAAGGAGCUUCAAGGUAGACUAGCAGAACGAGAUGAGAAUUGCUUUUGUGUAAGAACAGAUCGUGGAAGGAUUCAAUUAGCUGCCACAAAGUAUAUCUUCCUAGAAAUUAAGUUAGAUAUACAGAAAGAAAUAGAUGAUUUUUCCAAACUUCAUUGCAGGCAUACAAAAACAAUAAAUUGUGAUAAAGGUAUACAUCUUUAUAUUCGACAUAACCAUCAGAAAGAAAUACAGAAAAUUGAAAAAACUUUGAAAAGCAUGGAUGUCAAAAUUACUUCAGACAAUCAAAAUUAUUCUUAUGAAAUAAAGGGAAAUAAAACAGGUAUUACCCUGGCAAGCAGUAAACUGGAUGCCUUGAUGAAAACUAUUCAUACAGACAAACACAAACUCCAUUCCUAUGGAAUAAGAGACUACUUUUUAUCGCCACCAGGUAAAAAAGAAACGGUAGACAUAGGUAAAAAACAUUCUUCUGUGGUACUCCAAGAAACUGAUUAUUCUGAAGAGAAAGCCAGACGAGCUGAGAAAGGUGGGGAAUUGAGGUUGUCAGCACCAGGAGUUAAGAGAGUGUUUAUACAUGAUGGGGUCCAUAAGAUUUACCUGGUGGAAGGGGAUAUUACACAGCUAGACGUAGAUGCUAUAGUUAAUGCUGCUAACAAUGAUAUGGACCAUUGUGGAGGCUUGGCUAAAGCUAUUGCAGAUGCAGCUGGAAAAACAGUGCAGGAUGAAUGCCAUGAAUACGUAAAACAACAUGGUCAAGUACGUGAUGGUGAUGCAAUCUACUCCAAACCUGGUAAAUUACCGUGUAAGAUGAUAAUCCAUGCCGUAGGUCCUGUCUGGAAGGGAGGAAAGCAAGGGGAAAGAAACUUACUCAAGGCUGCUGUAUUACAAUGUUUGGCGUUGACUGAACAGAGAGAGUACAAAACGGUGGCCAUUCCUGCUCUGAGUGGAGGAAUAUUUGGUUACCCCCUGGAUGAUUGUACCAUCACUAUUGUUGAGACUAUAAAGGAAUAUUUUGAUCAGAAUGGUAGCACGACCACUGUUACUGGGGUAUAUCUAUGUGAUAUCAGUGGGGAAACAAUUAAACUAUUCCAGGAUGCAUUACAAGAUGCUUAUAGUAUUGAAAAAAGUACAGAAAAAGGCAAGCAUCGUUAUCCAGAUGAACAACGACCCCUAAAAUAUCCUGGUCAUGAUUCUGAGUCAGAUUUUAAGCCAAUCAGAUAUCCAGACACUCAACCUAAUGAUGCACCAAGCAAUCCGAUUCGUUAUCCACAUUCAGGGGAGACAACUUCUGAUUACCCUUCAGAUCGGUCAAACCAUCAUACAGCAUCCAGUGAUACUUCCUCAGGAUCUGAUGGGGAUUUUAUAAAGGUUGUCAAAGGUCUGCUCACACAGAGAAAGGUUGAUGUGAUUGUUAACUCAGUGAGUCUUAGUCUAGAUCUGUCACGUGGCAGAUUGUCAAAAUCUAUACUGGGAGCUGCUGGAGACAUAAUACAAACAGAGAUUUACCAGUACAUAGGUACAUUCCAACCUUUCCACAAUGUCGCUGUAACAUCAGGUGGAAAUAUGCCCUGUAAGAAUAUAGUCCAUGGUGCGUUAGCUCCCUUUGAUGGUUUGGAAACCAAAAGUGUCAAGAUACUUCAGAUGUUUAUACUCAUGUGUAUGAAUUCAGCAUCUGACCAUAAGAUGACAUCCAUAGCUUUUCCUGCUGUCGGUACAGGAGUACUCAACUUUCCUGUUGACAUAGUUGCCAAGACGAUGUUUGAGAUAGUACUGUUGUACAAACAAACGGUCCCUGAUUCCAGUAUUAAGAGUGUUGAAUUUGUUAUCUAUCCUGAAGAUACUGCUGCCGUUAGGGCUUUUGAGGAUGAACAAAGAAAAAUGAGGCGUAAAACAAGCAGCCAAACCUAUACAGAUCUCAAUGCAAAAGUAUCUGUAGAUGAAGAUAGAGCAGUACCCAGUAAAGGAAGUACCACCAAGCUUGGAAGUAUUGAUGUACUAAUUAAGUGUGGAGAUAUAACCAAAGAAAAGUCUGAUGCUAUAGUCAACACUACAUCACACUCCUAUGAUUUAUCUAAAGGUGCAGUAUCCAAAGCCAUUCUAACAGCUGCUGGUUCAGAUAUACAGAAAGAAUUAGUUCAGGAAGCUGAACGUUCUACAUCCAAAGGGUUGGUAGUGACCUCUGGUGGCAAAAUGAACUGUAAACAUAUUUUCCACAUCAUUGCUCAGUCUACCUUGCCAGGCUGGGAGGCUGCAGUGAAUAAAUGUCUCACAGCAGCUGAGAACAGAAAAUUAUCAACAAUGGCUUUACCUGCAUUAGGAACAGGAAUAAAAGCAUGUAAAUCUGAAGAUGUUGCAUCAGCAAUAUUUUCAGCCAUUAAGGACUUCUCAACCCAGCAUAUUAAACAAGUAACACUAGUUGUGUUCCAAAAAGAAAUGGCUGCUGAUUUUAUAACAGAGCUGAAGAAAACAGAUGGUGUUGGAGGGAAAAGGGGCCAUACUGAUACAAGGGACUAUGGUCGUAGGGACAACAGGGGCUAUGGACAUAGAGGCGCCACAGGGAGAAAUACUGAGCAUGGAAGUGACCAUAAAGAUGACCACAGAGACAAGCAAGGUAGAAAUACUGAGCAUAGAGCCGGUCACAGAUGUGGUCAUAGAGGUGGUCAUAGAGGUUCAACACCAAGAGAGAAUGAGCAGAGAGGUGGUCACAGAGGUGCACAUAGAGACACAACACCCAGAGAGAAUGAACAUAGAGGCUUUAAGUAUGGACAUGAUGACAAAGACAGACCACCCCAUCGAGACACAUCAAAGGAAGAAAGUAAACCAGAUACAGUUAAAUUCUAUAUAUGGUCUGAUUCCUGGGAUAGCAUUAAAGCUGUAAAGAGAGAUUUAGACAAAGUGGCUGAUGAUCAGUGUUACCAUAAAUCUAUUCAUGAAUAUUCAAAAGUUGUCCAUAAUUUAAAGGAUGAAAAGAUUUUCAGAGAUAUUGAAAAGCAGCUUAAGGUAAAAAUAACAGAAAGCAAAGGUGUUGUAAAAAUCCUGGGGGCACUAGCUCAAGUGAACAAGGCUUCAGACGCCCUUCAGACUCAGCUUAGAAAAGAAGAAGCUCGAAUGAUUGAUUACGACAAAGCAAAAGAAGUGGCUAACUAUAUCCAAUGGUAUUAUAAGGACCAAUCGUCAGAUAGAUUCAAACCUUUCACAUUAGAACUGAAUUAUCUUAUAGAAACUGAAUUUAAAAAUAAAUCAACACAAGUUAGAAUAACAGAUAAUAAAGGAGAGAAAUACAAAAUUGACUUUAACAAAAUGGAGGAAAUUCCUGCUAGUAGUCCAAAUACAAAGAUUCCUGUACAGAGAAAAUCAAAGGAACAACAAAAAGGUUCUGGUGUCAAUCUUCCUCCCAACUGGACACAUGUAAAGUUAGCUGUUGGACAACUAUGUCAUGAACAACAGUUACAGCCAGGAAACCCUGAGUAUGAUCGAGUCAAAUCUGAGUUCCAGAAAACUGGAGGAAGCGGGACCAUUGUCAAGAUAUCCAGGGUACAAAACCCCACUCUUUAUCUUCAGUAUGCAGCUAAAAAGAAGGAAUUAUAUAAUAAGAAUGGUAAAAACCCUGAGCGAUGGUUGUGGCAUGGUACCUCAGCUGAUACAGUGGAUAAGAUUAUUACUCUUGGCUUUAACAGAAGUUAUUGUGGAAAAAAUGGUACUGCCUAUGGAGCAGGAGUAUAUUUUGCUGUGAAUUCGUCCUACUCUAUAGGAUAUUGUACAUCUGACACCCAUGGCCUGAAGCACAUGUUCUCCACGCAGGUGUUAACAGGUGAUGCAUGUCCUGGUAAUGGAGGGAUGACCGUCUUGCCACCAAAACCAGGGAAAUCACUGACAUACGAUUCAGCAUCUGACAAUCCAUCAAAUCCUGUUAUGUUUAUUAUAUUUCAUGAUAGCCAGGCUUACCCGACAUAUCAUGUUUUCUUUAAAUAAAUAAACAAUUUUAAUGUAUAUUUUAUAUGUAAUUUAUAAAUAAACACAUGUUAUGUUGUUAUAUUACCUUUUUUUCUAUCAAUGAAAGCUGUUCCUUUGUGUCAACUGCAUUCAAGUAUAACAUAUGAUGCUAUCUUUUAUGUUUUUAAAACAGGAAGGAUACAGACAUUUUCCAUAUAUAUAUAUAUAUUUAGCAUACAAGGCAGUGCAUAUUGUAUUAUCCCCAGUUGUCAGCUCAUCUAGGAUAUCACACUGUUAUCUUACUUGCUCCUGACAUGGGGGGAAAUGUAAACAUACCUAAUCUUCUGGGUUAGACAACUUUAUGUAUAUUUUUUAUAUGUAUUAUUUAUUUAUUUUUAUGUUUUCUCAAUAUACAAUCAGCCACACUUGCAUUGUGUAUUGUAAAAACUUUUAAGCUGCUUAGAUGUUUACUUAAGAAAGUUGUGUAUCUCGUGCUUUCAUUGAAUGUUAUUUGUUUUAAUAUCUAAUAUUAAUAAUGUUACUGUCAUGUCAAAUGUCUUUACCCAUUUGGGCCCUUAAUUUAAAUAUUUUGCUUCUUCUUCUUAGACAAGCAUGUUACUUCCUAGUUGAUUUUAUUGUGCAAGUUUACUAUAAAUGCUUGAUGUAAUAGUGUUAUUUUAAGUUCAUUGAAAAUAUAUAUUUGGCGACUGGAAAUUUAAGAAAAAGCCUUUAUACUGUUUGAACUAUUUUGUUUAUUUUACAUUUCCCUACUGAUACAUUUGUUAUGAUUUAACAUUAUCAGAACUUAAUUUUGAUUGGUUCCUUUAUAGAUCGUGAUUUAAAGAAAUCAGUUUUUCAUUCUGCCGUUAAUUGCCAAAAAUUAAUAUGAAAUUUUGUUUAAGUCUUUAUAAAAAGUACAACCUUGGUUUUAUUCAUCAUUGUACAUGUCCCAUUUUCUUGCCCACAGGAACGUCAUUUGGAGAAGGAGUAUACUUUGCCCCUGAUGCCAAACAUUCCUCUUGUUAUUGCUCACAAGACAGUAAUGGGAACAAGCAUAUCUUUUCUGUACAAGUUUUGACUGGGAAAAUGUGUCAAGGACAUCAAGGAUUGAAAGUGCUGCCCCCUAUACCAGGCAAAGGUCAUGUGAACUAUGACUCAGCAGCUAAUGAUCUUUCUAAUCCAACAGAAUUAGUUAUAUUUCAUGAUAGUCAAGCAUAUCCUGCAUAUCAUGUCUGUUUUAAAUAUAAGUC